GCAGAACAAGGGAAGGGCCAGCUCUUCUCACGCAAAGGCAGCAGUAACUCGGAGCUGAGAGGUGGCAGUGAGCGGCCCGCCGCACCCCGCCCGCACCCGGGCCCGCACCCUGCCCGCACCGAGACCAUACCCCGAUCCCAGGCUCGCGCACCCUCGUCACGGGCCCCACCCCAGCAGCUGGAGGGAGCCGGGGCGCAGCGGAGGCGGGCUUGCGUGGGCCUUGCCCCUCCCCUCCAGGCCUAGGCGCAGCUCCCCGGCGCCCCCCACAGCUGACGCGCCGCCGGCAGCGAGCCAGGACCUUGCAGUGCCGCAGCCAGCCGGACCAUGGAGGGACGAGCGCUGCGCCGUCCGCAAUUUCUCCCGCUGCUGCUGCUGCUUAGCGGUGUGUGUCCCCAAGUGGACGGCUGCAAUGAGACGCGCAUGCUGGAGAAACUGCCCCGCUGCGGGAAGGCCUUUGCAGAGAUGAUGCAGCAGGUGGAUGUCUGGAAAUGGUGCAACCUGUCAGAGUUCAUCGUGUACUAUGAGAUCUUCACCACCUGCACUGAGGUGGAGACCAACCUCGUGGGUUGCUACUGGCCCAACCCCCUGGCCGAGAGCUUCAUCACCCGCAUCCACAAGCAGUUCUUUUCCAACUGCACCGUGGACAGGGUGCACUGGGAAGACCCCCCGGAUGAGAUUCUCAUUCCACUCAUCACUGUGCCCAUCCUGCUGACGGUGGCCAUGGCUGGCUUGGUGGUGUGGUGUGGCAAGCACAACGACAAGAUGAGGUGAGUGUGCCAUUCUCCAGGUCCUGCAAACUGUAAGAAAGUCCCUGGGCCAGGUGCUGGCCCUCUGGCCACAGGCUGGGAUCUGCACUUGGGCAUACUCUACCGGUUAUGGGUGAUACCCUCACAGCCCAGAGCUUGUGGCCUGGCUGGAACACGGGCUUUGCCCCCAAGCUCUUCACUCUCUUUUUCUAGUCAGUGGAAGAAAACAUGAUCCAGGCUGGAGCUUGUGUCUGAGCACAGCAACUGCUGCUGCUGCCCUCUGAGCCCCUCCAGGCGGGGUCUACACCCAGCUCUAACUCCAACCCCUGCCCUGGGACCUCUCCGGCCUCAUUCCUAGU